AUCAAAAGCUGAAACAUACUAUAUGGUUCUUCAAUUUGCUAAUAAAGGCAACCUUCGUUGCUAUUUACGCGAUCAUUUCUCAGAAUUAGAUUGGAUAACUAAGAUUAGAAUGGCAAAAGAAAUUUCUAGUGGGAUUAAUUGUUUACACAAUGCAAAUAUUGUUCAUCGUGAUCAUAUUAAUGACCCAGCAACUGCCCUUAAGCUUAAACAAGAAAUUGCCUCUUUAAGAGAACAAUUAGCUAAAGCUAAAAGUGGUGUCAAUAACGUAACUCCAUCUUCGCAUCGUUCAACAGAAGGUGAAUCCUUGAUGUCAGCAGGUAUCACAACGCUUAAACCUCCAUCAAAACGAAGGCCUCGUCGACAUAGUUCAUUCCAAUCAUGGAGCCCUAAUGAAAUCAUGAGACUUGUAGAUGAUGAAGCGCUUGAUGAUGAGAUUAUCAAUAGGUUGAUCAGAUCCUCAAAAAUACCUUUUCCAUCUUUGGGAUUAUCUGAAAAAGAAAUAUUGUUUCCAGCUCGAAUUAUCAGUCUUGUAGCGAAACAAAUGUGGAAAUAUGGAUUUAUAAAAGAGUCUGAAAGACUAUUUGCGAACGUUAUGAAGACCAUUCAGGACCAUGUCAUGGAUUUUGAAGGAGAUGAUUCAAUUCUUCCAGGAGCAUAUUAG